AUGUUAGUACCAGAGAGCGAGCCAUUGAUUUACUCCGCUUUCAACGAGGCGGAUGCAGGACAUAUACCUAUCAUCGACUCCUACCCACCGUCUUCAAACACAACCACUCAAUUUUCUCCGAUCCUCCAUGCACAACAAGCUUCAACAUCUACUUCCACCCUUGAUCCAUCAACGUCUUCCACGGGGUUUGCCCCUACAAAUGGGCAAAAUGAUCGAUACAUCGAUAUUGUUCACGGUGGGAUCUGGUUCGCCGACACAGACCCAUCUGCACAGGUCGCGAACACCCUUACGAAGCCAGACAGGGAAGAUGAAGAACGAAAACGACAGUGGAUUCCAACGCGUUCAAGCGUUGAGCAACGAGUUUCGUAUUUUCACCGAGGAAGCCAUUAUAGCACCCAGGCGAGCUUUAACAACAGGUUCCACUCCCAUAUCGGAGAAAAGAGCACGUCAAACCGCGAAGGGAGCUCCGGGGGCAACCCCGUCGAGCCUUUCGCGCGGCUCAUGCACAGAGAUGGAGGGAUGACGAACUAUCACUCCACUGCACAAAACGGCGACAGACAAGUUGCCAGCGCAUCCAGAAAUUCUAGGAAGCAAAGGCUGUCGACGGGGGACAAUGAUGGGUAUGUACAACACACCUUUUAUUACUCUUCUCAAUAUCUAAAUCCUAUCUCCUCCCUUUGCACUCUGUUCCAGCAGCAAAUCCGCGCCCGCCGCAAAAUGCCCACGAAAGAGGUCACCACGGGACCCUCUUCGGGACCAAAAGGCUGGUAA